AUGGAGCGAGCUCAUCCUCCUCUUCGACGUGUUAUGCAUGGAAGUCCACAGAAAGUUGAUCCAUCACUAUGUAUAUCAACUGCUACAGUGAUAGAUGGAAAUUCAUAUUAUUCACCAUCAUCAUCUAGUACAUGCUCUUCCACACCUUCAACUCCUCCAGCAAAUGUGUCAACACCGUCAUUGCCGUCACCUCUGCAAUCUUGCAAACAGCAAGCUUUGUUGCCAAAAUAUCCAACAAGAUUAUCAUUAUCUUCCACGCCAUCUGGAGCAGGAAGUUGGAAUCUUGCUGAUUAUCAACAACAGUUUGAUUAUGACUCCUGUUAUUCUUCGAGCUCGGAAGAAAGUCAUGUGUCUCUAAGUCGUGAAAACUCCGACGGCUUAUCAAGAAAGAUUGCGCAGCUCAAUAUAGACGAAGGAGUCAUACUUGAAACUAUCGACAUUCCUGCUGACCUGCUGCAGUUUGCCAGAAAUGUUGGCUACACAGAGGAGCAGUUGAGAACAGUUUUGAACAAAGUUGGAGCAGAAGCUGGCCAAGAUCGAAUACUGGCUGAACUGGUAAACACGGGACAAGCUAGUUUAGAGAAAGGACAAGUUGAAGCAUCUGCAAGCUCUUUGAAAUCAACUUCUUCGCCCCAACUUCGCUCUAUUGUUAUCGAUGGCUCAAAUAUUGCAAUGGCACACGGAAGAAAAGAAGUCUUUUCUUGUGCUGGAAUUAGAGAUUGCGUCCAAUUCUUUGUUGACAAGGGUCAUCAAGACAUUUUAGUUUUCAUUCCUCACUUUCGAAGGGAAGUAGCUCGAGCUGAUUGUCCUCUUACCGAUCAGCACGUGCUUACUGAAUUAGAUAAUGAAGGAAGGAUCAUAUGGACUCCAUCAAGACGAAUUAAUGGCCGGAGAAUUGUUUGUCAUGACGACCGUUAUAUUUUGAAAACAGCCGAUGAGAAGGACGCUGUAAUUGUUUCAAAUGAUGAAUAUAGAGAUUUAGUACGAGAGAACCCGCAAUAUGCCAAACUAGUAGAGAAUAGAUUACUGAUGUACUCAUUUGUGGAUGGGAAGUUUAUGCCACCUGAUGAUCCUCUCGGAAGACACGGACCUACUCUAGAUCAGUUUCUGUCUAAACACUCUUCGACUUCUAAUUCUCAAUUAUGUCCAUAUGCCAGAAAAUGCACAUAUGGAAAUAAGUGCAAGUACUUCCACCCAGAGAGGCCCAAUGGAGUUCAUGUGAGUGCAACUGAUAGGAUCAUUCGAGAGAGAAAUCAGAAAAAGAAUCCUAUUUUACAUCACUCGUUGUCUCAAAUGGACUCCCUCAACAAGUCACGUUUAACACUAGGAAGAACCAGAUCAUUAAACACUCACAUGGUGCAUGUAAUGAAUCAGGAAAACAAUCCAAUGACUGUUCCAAUAACCGCUUUCCAACCGUCAUGGCACCCACCAACCCAUCAAACUGUAGCUCGAAAUCAAUCAAUGCCCAUCCCUUCAACUUACAAAAAGCAGCCUCAAGACAUUGAAUACCAACAAUAUAACUUAUUUGCUCCUUCAACAGCCGUUUGGGGUCGCUCAGAGCUCAGUGUAGGGCCUGUUGAUACUAAUAACUCAUCAGACUCCAAAGACCAAGAACGAGCUAAACUGCAGUAUAACCUCUGUCAAUUAUUCCCAGAAGCUGUUGUUUUGAAUGUGAUGGCUGCUCAUCCAGAUGAGACAAGAUCUCAAGUUCUUUGUGAGCAUAUUCUAGCUAUGAAUAAAAGAUUUUAUGCAACUCAUUAG